AUGGGUAGUUUUAGAAUCAGAGAUCGAAAACAAUUGGCGAAUAUUAUUUUCCCUAUUUUUGAUCAAUAUCCUCUAUUAACAACCAAAUAUUUCAAUUAUGCUAAAUUCAAGUCUGCAUAUGCUAUUCUUGAAGAUAAAAAAUUAACUAAAUCUCAAAGAAAUGCACAAAUUGAAACUCUAUUAUUGACUAAACCUGAUGAAUCCUAUAUUUCUCCGGCGACGAAUAAAAUAACUUUACCUAUUGCUGACGCAAAUGAGGCAAGUAAGGUUAUUUCUAAGUCAUGGUUAAUUGGAUUUGUAGAAGCUGAAGGUAGUUUCUAUUUGGUAACUAAAGAUGCCAAUAGAAUCGUACAUGGAUUUGGUAUUACUCAAAAAUUAGAUAGAGUAGUAUUAGAAGGUAUUAGACAUAUUCUUCACAUUUCCACUAAAGUUGUAUAA